UCUGGGUGAAUACCAUAAUUCCAUAAUGUUAUAGAAGCCGAAUGACUUAUUAUUCGGGUAACAAUUAGUAGAUAUGUGUAAAUAAGCGACGAGAUUAAUUCAUGUCCGGAAACAAAAGAAAAUUUGAGCAGUAUGCAAGUUUAUACACAGAUUGAAUAAUUACGAUCAUGUUACUAUACGCUAUUCCCCAUAUAUAAAUUCUUUAUUCUGACAAGAAUUCUUAUUUGUGAGAAUGAGCCGUUAAAUAGAAGGCGUGUGCAUGUGCGUGUACCAUGAGUUAACUAAAUGAAAUGUGCUUAUGUAAAGUGAGAGUUGGCAAUUUGUACCACAGAGAAUGUUUUGUAUGGUGUAAUAUCUGUAAUAUAAAUUCUCAUAUUCACCACGUUGUAGCAAAUGUCUGAUAUUGGACGGAUGAAAAGUUAAACUACAGGAUAGUGCAAAUAUUUAUUGUGCAGCACUAAAAAUAUAUUUUGUGGACUGUUCGCUGAGAUUCGUUAUUGCAAUAUUUGUGUAAAUGGAUAGUUUUGUGCAACUUACACAAAAGUAAGUCUCGUCUUGAUCUACUUGUCCCUUCACUUAAGUAACUUCCUUUCUACUCUCAAGUCUCACACAUAUUUUUAGCUAUUAUGGCACAAUUAUUCUACUAAGUAAGAAUAGAUAUGUAGGCAGUCUCAACUGGAUGAAUCAAAUGAUGAUGCUGCCUACAACAUUUUUAUAGUGCUAAAAUUGAGAUACGUAUGAAUAUCCUUUAAUGGACAUAGUAACUAUAAUAUGCAGUUGCAAAUACGGGAAAACUUAUCCAGUGUGCAAAAAUAUGUCGAAUAAAUCGGAAAUACGACUGACACAAGACUCCUGGAUGAUGAAGAUUUCUAAGAUUUAGAAAUGUGUUAAUACAAAUUCCUAUACUAGCGGAAUUAAUAUUACUGGGGUUACAAUACAGAUUAUAAUGGUCACCAGUAGAAUAGGUGGUGAUCGGUACAGAAAGCUUAUUGUUAGUAAACGCUUGGAUGUUAUUUCACGUCGUUUGCUAAUCAUCAUAAAUCACUUUGAAGUUCCUUUAACAGAAUACUCUCUAAACAAUCAUGUUGCCAAAGACAGUCGCACAUUUGGUCAUCUUCAUACUAUUACUUAACGGUGGUGACACCCUUCACCUCCAAGGAACUUGGGAAACUGGGAGUUUCUUCCUCUUUCUGACAAAAUUUGGCUUCCAGAAAACUGAACUGAGCAACAAGAAUGAUACACAAGGAUACAUUUUCGGUAAUAUUACGAGUGCCAAAGAUGGAACUUGGGUGGUAACGCCACCCCCACCAGCAAGAAGGCUGGUGAAACGUGAGAAGGGUAAUGAUGCUGAUCUAUUAACAAAGAAAUUAUCCAGCACCCUGAAACCGUCAACCGUUCCCAUUGCUAAGCCAUCUUCGAUAAUAAUUUCUAGUAGUAGUACGAGUAGUAGUAAAAAUAGUGCAACUUUAUCAACCAAGAAACCUGAAAAUUUGCUCAACAUAAGUCAAAACUCAAUAUUAAGCUAUUCUUCCACAUCCCCCAAACCAUCGUCAACGAAAGGAGAAAGCAAACGCCCAAGCGGUGGUAGUAGUAGUACAACGACAACAACAACGAAAAAAACUGUACCGACAACUACGGAACCGAUCAAAGUUUUUCCAGCAACCUUGGUUGUUCUUGACAGAGGAUAUUUUGUAGACUUUUAUCGGAACCGCAACAAUCCAGACCGGGAUGAAGCAUGUCGACUCAUGUUUGAACACAUUUCUCACGUUGCUUAUGACUCGCGAUGUUACAAGGAUGGAACCGAACGCUUCUUGAAGCGAAUUCCUUGUCCUCGAGGAGAGUUGUGUGCGGAUGAUAAAUCCAAUACGAGCUAUGUGGUCAAAGACCAUCAGUUCACGUAUGCUAUCUCUGAUCCGAACCAGCCAAAGUUCUGGUAUAUAAGCCUCGUAGCGUGCUAUAGAGACCCUGUCACUUGUGAGUGGAAACACAGCGGAAAUGCCAUAUCUGUUGAUUAUGACAUUUGGCUAGUGAAUGGGAAUCCAUACACCAAAAAUCAAAAUCCACUGGAAUACCAGUUUUCUUUUGAUCGACAGGACACGGUAGAAAUUUACGUGGUAUUUUUCAUCUGCUACUUGGUAUUGUUUCCCCUCCAAGUGCACGCCGUAUUACGUCAAAGGCACAUAGUGCCUAGACUAUUCACCGGAAGCGUGGUUCUAGAAUUGUUGGCAGUUCUUGCAAAUGUCAUUCAUGUCCUUCAAUUCACAUCAAAUGGAGUUGGACAUCCUUCUCUCGCUGCGUUUGGCGACAUUAUGGACAUCGCCGCUAGGGCGGUCUUUAUGCUAAUUUUACUUGUGUUAGCGAAAGGGUGGGCAGUAACUCGGACAGAAUUGACUAGUAAAUUGUUUAUCUUCACCAUUUGGACACUUUAUGGCGUAGUUCAUAUUUUAUUGUAUGUUUGGAAAGAGACGGAAGUGGAUGUUAUAUUUGACAUAGACGAAUAUCAAACUUGGCCUGGAUGGCUUAUCCUUGUUCUGCGUAACAUUAUUAUGAUUUGGUUUCUAUACGAGCUCAAAGACACUAUGGAUCAUGAGCAUCAACCUCACAAACUAAACUUUUUCUUGCAUUUUGCUGCUGCGUCUUUGGUGUGGUUCAUAUACUUGCCCAUUAUUGCACUAAUUGCUCUACAAGUUACCCCCUUAUGGAGAUCGAAAUUGAUUUUGGGCAUCACUUUCUCUUUUGAUUUUUUGGCCUUUGCUGUGAUGUCACAUUUACUGUGGCCUACCCGGAGCCAACAGUACUUCCUACUAACUGCCAAAGACAUUUCGUUAAAUGACGAACUGGACGUAUUCAACCACGCGCCCCAUGUCGUUAACAGUCGUCGUUCUAACCUCCGGCAACCGGGAUUUUUCAGCAGCAGGGGGUCAGAUUCACUGGCUCGCAAUCAUUUCAAUGGCCAUGAAAAUGGCCUUAGCGGUUCCGCUAAUACGUAUGACGAUUACAAAGAUAAUACACCGUUGAUAAUCACAUAGAAGAAAGUAAGAAAAAUAGGCAACAAGCCUUGCGAUACAUGGAAUCUAGUCCCAAAGUCCAUAAUUGCAAUAUUAUAAGUAUAUAGUACUAGUUGAUGACAUAUUAUACGAUGUUCUGACGCAUGUAAGAAUUAAACGGCAGACAUUUUCAUUAUUGCGUCCAAAAUAUCCGUCAAUCAGUUUUUAUCUAUUUGGAUUCAUUAGCUGAUUGAGUAUGGGACUCUAAUAAAUUUGUUAUUCCAAAGCGGUAUUAUAAGGAAUUUAUAUAUAUAUAUAGGCCGACUGACGAAGAUGCCAAAUUACAACGAAGCUCACUAAAAUCUGAAACAUAUACCCAUAACUAGAAUAAAAACUGCAGACUAUUUAAAAUAUACGAAGAAAGUAAAUAAAUUUUGCUGCGUCUUAAACUUAUGCAUUCUAUUCAAAUUCAAAGUGAGAUAAAUCAUGUGUGAAUAUCAUUGAUGUGAAACCAGAACGUACUUACUUAAUAGAUUAGAAUUAGUCUAACAUUUGUGAUUUUAUAAUUUACAUAGUUUUUUUGUCGCAAUCGUGCUAAUUAAGCAAUUAGAAUGAGCCUUCUUGUUUUAAUAAAUGAAGAGUUAUAUCGUGCUGCAUUUUAA